UAAAGAAUAACAUUAAGUAUAAAAGGGGAGUGCUGUUUGGAAUUGGCAUCAUAGUCGAAACAGCGUUGUGACAAACACUAUACAGAACAUAAAAAAUGGCAUUCAAAUUCGCAGUUUUCGCCACUAUCGUGGCAGUAGCCAACGCUGUGGCUAUCGGAUAUCCAGCCGCUUAUCCAGCUGCCUAUCCAGCCAUUGCCAAGGUUGCGGCUCCAGUUAUCGCCAAAGCCGUUGAUGAUUAUGACCCCAACCCACAGUACAGUUAUAGCUACCAUAUUGCCGAUGCUUUAACCGGAGACAACAAAGCUCAGCAAGAAUCUCGCUCUGGAGACGUCGUCACUGGAUCAUACUCUCUGGUCGAACCCGAUGGCACCCGUCGCGUUGUUGAGUACACUGCUGAUCCAGUCAACGGAUUCAACGCUGUUGUGCAUCGUGAACCACUUGGUGUCAAGGCUGUUGCUCCAGUGGCGAAGAUUGCUGCACCAUUAGCCUAUCCAGCCGUCGCCAAGGUUGGUGCUCCAUUAGGAUAUCCAGCUGCGCACCUCGGAUACCCAGCUGCACACCUCGGAUACCACGCAGCUCCUCUUGGACAUUUGGGAUACCCAGCUUAUGGCAAAGCCAUCGUUGGUUAAACUUGAUGCUGUCUAUCUGAACCUUGAACGUUUCCUUUCUGUUCUAUCAAUUUCACGAACCUAUUCUU